AUGGCGAGCGCGGCCACGCCAACGCCAGCGCCGAGUCCGGCUUUGGCGCCCGUGCUGAGGUGGCCGCUGGCGGCUGCUGCGGAGGUGGUUGCAGUCGAAAGCUGGUAUUGCAGCGCGAAGAUUCGGUUUACAAUCACAACAACAGUAGUCCCUGUGGCGGUGGAGUUGGGCGCAGGGCAACAGGACGGGUUGUUCGGCGCGCAGCCGAUCAGCGGGAAGGAUGUUGUGGUAGCAGAGGCUAUCACAGAGGUAAAGGUUGGCGACCCACAGCCAGCAGUUAGAACGUCAGAUGCUAGUGCUGAGGUUGAAGAGCCAGCCGAAGCAGCUGUCGUGGUAGGGCCAGCGUCCGCUAUUCCGGUAUAA